CCAAGCGCAAGAGCACUUGUGCACUUGCUUCUUGAACAUGCCCACAAGAAGUGCAACCGUGCAAGGAGAUCUCCAUUAUACCCUCCCAUACUGGCCACUGCCACUAGCCUCAAGAGUGCAAGGAGAAUAUAUACUCCUCCUCCAUUGCUCCUCACUUCCCGUGCAGUAGACCACUUGCUGUGACAGGGUUAGCCAUGGCCGCAAGGAGGGCCGCUUCCUCCUUCCUCUCGCGCCGCGGCCUCCUCACGAAGCCUCCCGCCGACUCUCUUCUCGGAGCAGACAAUGCACGGCGCUUGUUGCCCGGGGCCGUUUACAGGUUCAGCACCGCACCGGCCGCCGCCGACGACGAGCAGCCGAUCAAACCACCCGUGGAGGUCAAGUACACGCAGCUCCUCAUCAACGGCAACUUCGUCGAUGCAGCAUCUGGAAGGACGUUCCCGACGGUGGACCCCCGCACCGGCGAGGUCAUCGCGCGCGUGGCCGAGGGCGACGCCGAGGACAUCGACCACGCCGUCGCCGCCGCCCGCAGGGCCUUCGACGAGGGCCCCUGGCCGAGGAUGACCGCCUACGACCGGUGCCGGGUGCUGCUGCGGUUCGCGGACCUGAUGGAGCGGCACAACGACGAGAUCGCGGCGCUGGAGUCGUGGGACGGCGGGAAGCCGCUGGAGCAGUCCGCCGGCGGGGAGGUGCCCAUGGCGGCGCGCUGCAUGCGGUACUACGCCGGGUGGGCGGACAAGAUCCACGGCAUGGUGGUGCCGGCCGACGGCCCGCACCACGUCCAGGUGCUGCGCGAGCCCAUCGGCGUCGCCGGCCAGAUCAUCCCCUGGAACUUCCCGCUGCUCAUGUUCGCCUGGAAGGUCGGCCCGGCGCUCGCCUGCGGCAACGCCGUCGUGCUCAAGACCGCCGAGCAGACGCCGCUCUCCGCGCUCUACGUCGCCAGCCUCCUCCACGAGGCCGGCCUCCCGGACGGCGUCCUCAACGUCGUCCCCGGCUUCGGCCCCACGGCCGGCGCCGCGCUGUGUAGCCACAUGGGCGUCGACAAGCUGGCGUUCACCGGAUCGACUGGCACGGGCAAGAUUAUUCUGGAGCUGGCGGCGAGUAGCAACCUGAAGCCGGUGACGCUGGAGCUCGGCGGCAAGUCUCCGUUCAUCGUCAUGGACGACGCCGAUGUCGACCAGGCCGUCGAGCUCGCGCACCGCGCGCUCUUCUUUAACCAGGGGCAAUGCUGCUGCGCUGGGUCUCGGACGUUCGUGCACGAGAGCGUGUACGACGAGUUCGUGGAGAAGUCCAAUGCUCGCGCUCAGAGGCGCGUGGUCGGCGACCCCUUCAAGAAAGGUGUCGAGCAGGGACCUCAGAUCGAUGGCCAGCAGUUCAAGAAGAUUCUGGGCUACGUCAAGUCGGGCGUCGACAGCGGCGCCACCCUCGUCACCGGCGGCGACAGGGUAGGCAGCAGGGGCUUCUACAUCCAGCCGACGGUCUUUGCAGACGUCGAGGACGAGAUGAAGAUCGCUCAGGAGGAGAUAUUCAGGCCCAUCCAGUCCAUCCUCAAGUUCAGGUAUGGCGGCUUCCCAACCCAACAAACCAACAAUGAAGGAGGAUGGCGAAGAUGAGAUGGCGGGAUGGUGGAAGAAGGCUGCGAAGAAGCUUAGAGAGGAGGAUGCAGCCAAGCUAAAGAAGAAAAAGGAAGAGGAGCUUGAGGAGAAGAGGAAGGAAGAAGAGAGAGCGUCAAAUGCGAUGCGCGCUAGGGAGCAAGCAUUGGUGAGGAAAUGUGAGGAGGCACAGAAGAAGCGUCUAAAGGAUUUUGAAGAAGGAACCAUAAAGCUUUGGGCAAUUGCAGCUGAAAAAAAAGAGAGGGAGGAAAAGAUAUUCAUGGAGAGGGUGGUUAAGGAGGCCCACCUCAUAAGGAAAAGGGAGGAGGAAGAGGAAGAAGAGAAGAAGAAGAAGAAGGGAAAGGGGCCUUGCUCUACGCAAUAGAGCUAUGUCAUGAACUACUAUCUCUCCUCUUCGAUUUGGUUGUGAACUACUAUGUGUCAUGAACUACUAUCUCUCCUCUUCGAUUUGGUUGUGAUCUACUAUGUGUCAUGAAGUACUAUGUAUUAUGAAUUAGUAUGUGUCGUGAAGUACUAUG